CUCUCUCUCUCUCUCUCUUUCUCUCUCUGUCUGUCUGUCUGUCCGUCUGUCUGUCUGUCUCUCUUUUUUCUUCCCUCAGUUUCUCCCUUCCUCACUGUCUCUGCACUACCCUAAGAGUCCCUCGCACUGCGGUCCCAGCCACACACAACCAAACAGUAGGUCUCACCUGGCUCUCUCUGAGACAACUCAGCAUGUGGUCCACCUUCUCCACCCAAGAGGAAGACGGAAGGCCGCCUGGGGCCGGGGGGUUAAACCAGGGUCCAGCAGGGGUUAAGGUGGCGAUGAUUGGGGGCCGUGGGGGGCCCAAACGCCGGGCGCGCACCAGCUCCACCUCCGGGGGCGACAUGAGUGACAGCCAGGAGGGCAAGGUCAAGUUGGCGUUCUUUGUGGCAGUCGUGGGCAUCGUGCUGACCAUUCUCGGGGUGGGCACAGAGUUCUGGGUGGAGCUGGCACCAUCCAAGAGCUUCUCCAGCAACCACACCUGUCUGGUGGCACACUACGGCCUGUGGAAGAGCUGCAUCAAGUCCCUCUGGGUGGCCGACGUUGACCCUGAGAGGGAGAGCUGUGGGCCUGCGGAUCUGCCGGGAGAAUCUAACUGCACCUUCUUCAAGUUCUUCACCACCGGGGAGAAUGCGGUUCUGUUUCAAAAGACGACGGACAAGAGUCUGGGCGUGGCCUCCGGCCUUAUGGCCAUCUUCAGCCUCUUCUUCAUGGUGAUGGGCGCCGUCUGCAUCACCAUGGCGAUCAGCAAACGUGUGCCCUUCUUCCUGAAGCCAGCCUCCGUCUGCUUCACGCUGUCUGGCAUCCUGAUUUUUCUGUUAAUCAUCGUUUUCCACCAAUCAGUGCUGGCGUUAUUGGCGAGUGACCACACAGUUCCCCUGCAUCAUGAGCUCUUGUGGUCUGUGAGCUGUGUGGGCUGUGCUGGUGCCCUGCUCAUAGUUGGUGGGAUCCUCUUCCUGUUGCUUGCCCUACCUUACAGUCCCUGGCAGAGGUGCAUGCCAAAUAAAAACUCGGAGAAUUAAUACUGUAGCACAGGUGGACUUUUAUAAAUAUUUUGUAUGAUGUCUCACUGCAUAGUUCAUUCUACUUGACGGUGUGAGGUGGCAGUUGAGUGACACAAGGAGUUUGUUAAGAAUUUAACUUAAAGUCUUUAUUUUAAAUCAAGUGAUUUUUGUAAGUAACACGCAACCGUACAUUCCGUAUAUCUUUUUUGAAUGUAUGCCAUCAUGCCAAUGUUUGUAACAUGUUGGAUAUGUCUUCUGUACCCUCACUGUAAGUCCCCUGCAGUCCAGUAAAACUUUAUUUGAACCCCAGCUUCAAAAGGCUUCAUGAAGGCUGAUAUAUCCAUGUCAUAAACAUGUUAUGACAGAUACCAUGCACAUCAAGACAAUGUCCAGUGCUUUCACAAUAUCAUGUUACAUGAUUAUAAUUGUUAUUGUCAUGACAGCUCUCCGAAUGUUAUAUGACAUAACAGCUUAACAUCACAUGUUGUUAAGCUGUCAUAGCAUCAUACAGACAUGACAAUUACCCAUUAUGAUGACAUGGCACUGUUACAUCACUGUCCACUGAUUGACUAUGACAUCUGCCAUGACAUGGGUAUGUUUGUCUUAUGAAAAGGGUGCAAGUAAAAUGUUAGCCAGUGUGCUAACCAUGAGAUAAGCUCACAAUCCAAUCUUCAAACAACACAAAUGUGACACUGUACAGCUUUGCUUGUGCUAAUUGAUAUGAUAUUGUAUGUUAUUGUCAGUAUCUUAUAUAUGUAAAACUUCACUAUUCACAAUUUGGAUUUUGGAUCUCAAAUGUCUUAUACAUGAUCAAUCUAAGUAUUCAAGAUACAUAACUGUUGAACUAUUUAAUGGUUUUAAAGUCAUGUUUCAUAAUACAGUAUAUAACAAUUGACAGAUAAAGACAACAUUUUAUUAAUGUCUUUUGGAUUUGCAUCGUUCAUAUAAUACAACAGCAACAAAGCACUUUAUACCGGUACAAUGCAAACUGUAUAUAAAUAAGCCAAGCUUUUACAGCAACAUUGCACUUGCACACUUGCAAGGCAUAUUUACAGAUUUGAUGUUCUUGACUCUCUGUGAUUUGGAUGGUAAGUCUUUUUCCAAUGCAGCCCUGUGAGUCAGGAUGCGUCAUGAACGAUGUUUACAUGUGAAUAAAGACACUG